GCCUGAUCCAAAUCUGCCCUUUACCAAGGAAAGUAACGUAACGUCACCUCUCAAUCAGACGCGCCGACUCACCUUCGCGAAUCCGAGCCAUGGUCAGCUGCCAUCACAACCGUGGUCCACCUGAAUCAUCCAUGCCCACCCUCUGUCUGCUCUGGUAUUCUAACAUGCAUUCCACGGCAAUCCACAGUGCAUGAAUACCCCGGUGUUCUCCAAAGAAGUAUGACAGACCCGCACCAUCAGUCGACCAGCAUGCCUCCCGGCGCAAUGUCGGCAGAUAGGCUCAACCACACCAGCUUCAGCCUUACGACCGUCCUGUACCCAUCAUAAUGUGCGAAGGCGGCCCGCUCUUAGGGCCGCUUUCGAUUCUCCGUCGUCCGUCAACUGACCCCGGGGUACCUUACAACAAACGUAGCCGGAUGAUGCUCUGGUACAUACAUAAGGAUUCGCUUACGAGCAUUCGACGCGCUGUACAUCUGUCGACCGAGACGCACAACGCGCGCCGACAUCAUGCGCGUACUCGCCUUGGCCCUCCUGCCACUAUUCUCGGUUGUGGCGGCAGAUACAGCGCGAAGCCGGUUCGACGUCCGCGAUGACCUGCACUUCCCACUACACGCACGCGCGACAAACAAGGAUGGCUCGACUCCUGUGUAUAAGAACUCGAAGGCGUCGAUAGAAGACCGGGUAAACGACCUCCUUCCGAGGAUGACCAUACAAGAGAAGGUCGCGCAGAUCAUCCAGGGUGACAUGAACGGCUGGAUGGAUUUCAACGACCCUCUCGACGACACGCUGACAUUCAACCAGACCGGCCUAAGAGCCAUGAUGGCCACCAAAGCCGGCUCGAUCUGGGGCGGCUACCUUACGCCUUGGGACAAAUUCGUCUUUGGCGUCACCGUCGGCCAAAAGUAUCUCAUGGAGAACACCACACUCGGCAUUCCCGCCAUCAUCCAGUCCGAGGGCCUGCAUGGCUUUACGAACAACGGCACCAUCUGGCCUUCUCCAAUCGGCCUGGCGGCGUCGUUCAACCCGGCGCUGCUGCAAGAGGCGGCGAAGACGAUCGCGGACGAGGCGGAGGGGCUGGGGUUCUCGCAAAUAUUCGCGCCGGUGCUGGAUCUGAGCAGGGAGUUAAGGUGGGGAAGGGUGGAAGAGAACUUUGGGGAGGAUCCUUUCUUGACGGGAGAGAUGGGCCACGCAUACGUCACUGGCCUGCAGUCCGGGAGAAGACGCAACGUCAGCUCGACCGCGAUCGGCCGCAUGGCUGCGACAUGCAAGCACUUUGCCGCGUUCGGCAGUCCUCAGGGAGGAUUGAAUACCGCACAAGUCACUGGUGGAGAACGCGAGCUCCGAACGAAUUACCUAAAACCGUUCAACAGAGCAUGCGUCGAGGCGUUUUCGAUCAUGACUGCAUAUUCGAGCUACGAUGGUAUCCCGGCUAUCGCAAACACUCACCUCCUUACUGAUAUCCUCCGUACCGAGUGGGGCUACCCAUACUGGGUGACGGCCGACGCCGGCUCUGUCGAUCUGCUCAUCAACCAGCAUGGUCUCUGUGACACCCGCGAAUGCGCUGCGAAGAUUGCGCUUGAGAAUGGGCUUCAAGGGGAGAUGGGCGGCGGGACGUACACCUAUCUGACGCUUCCGGACCAAGUCCAGGCGGGCACCGUGGACAUCUCUUACGUGGACGAGACUGUCAAGGCAAUGCUCCGAACCAAGUUCGCUCUGGGUCUCUUUGAGAACCCGUACCCGUACGAAGACUACCUCAGUACCCUCCGCACGCCCGAGACGCGGGAGCUUCUUCAUAGCAUGGAGCAAGAGACCAUCAUCUUGCUCGAAAACCGCAACAACACGCUUCCGCUCAGCAAGUCAAUCAACUCAGUUGCUCUCAUUGGCCCUCAAGUCGAUCGUGUUUCCUUCGGCGACUAUGUCUUCUUCAACGCCUCCCUGAACGGCAUCUCCCCCCUCGCCGGCUUCACCCAACUCCUCUCCAACACCUCCGUGCAGAUCAAGUACGCUCAAGGCUGCGAGCUCUGGUCCAACGACCCCUCGGGCAUCCCCACCGCGGUCGAAGCCGCGAAGUCCGCCGACGCCGCGAUCGUUAUGGUUGGCACCUGGACGCUCGAUCAAACCCUUCUUUGGACCCCAGGCACGAACGCGACGACUGGGGAACACGUCGACUUAUCGGACCUCGGGCUCGUCGGGGCGCAGAUGCAGCUCGUUCAGGCCAUCAAGGACGCGGGGAAGCCGACGAUUGUGGUUCUGGUCAGCGGGAAGCCGGUUGCGGAGCCGUGGAUCCAAGCGCACGCGGAUGCGGUCGUGCAGCAGUUCUAUCCGGGUGAGCUCGGCGGACUUGCCCUUGCCGAAGUUAUCUUCGGAGACGUAAAUCCCUCAGGGAAGCUGCCAGUAUCGUUCCCCAGAAGCGUCGGUACAACUCCAGUGUUUUACAAUUACCUAAAAGGAGGUCGAUUCAUUGACCCCGGCGAGGUGCUCGACGACGGAACCUUGAUCUUCGGCCACCAGUAUGUCCUCGAUACCCCGACCCCAAUUUGGAGUUUCGGGCAUGGUCUAAGUUACACAACAUUCAACUACACGGAUCUGACGCUAUCCAAGUCGACGAUAGGCACGAAUGAGGAUUUCAGCGUAUCAGUGACGGUGCACAACACCGGCGAUAGGGAUGGAAAGGAGGUCGUUCAGGUGUACGCGACGGACGUCGUCUCCUCCGUCGUGACACCAAAUCAAGAGCUAGUAGGAUUCCAGAAGGUGGACCUUGCCUCCGGAGAGUCGAAGACAGUAACGAUCAACGUGAACUCAUCCCAACUCGCUUUGUGGUCGCUGAGAAACAGCUGGGUCGUCGAGUCCGGGACUUUCGCGAUCAAAGUCGGGACCAGUGACCAGACGUUCUUGAAUACGACUUUGACGGUGCAGUAGGCGGUGGAGCCGCAGACAUGCUGUGCGUGUGCGAUGCAUUCGGAACAAUGUUGUACAUCUACCUUGCAAUGAUGCUCGUCGAGGCGAGUCCUGCCAAGUUUACUUAAU